GUCUGACAUAUGAGGAGCUGGAUUCAUGGCGAAAUCCAGGGUGUGCGAAGCACUCGCACUGUUAUCUGUCGGGUUUGGCCACGGCUGCGCACACCACAUCCGUAAUUACUAUGUAUGAAGGAACAGGAAUGAAAGCACACGUGUACACCUAGAAAUUUGGAAGGGGAGGCUCAAGAUGUCACCAGGACAACAUACCGCGUUUCACUUCACCAUGCCAUCCCAUUUGCUGCUUGGAGUUCUGCUGGUGCUAGCCGGGCUAAUAGAUACAACGAAGACGGCUGUAUAUGCGCAGGCUGCCCAGGCUGCCCCUAUGCUACAUGUUUCCCAAUGUCGCCUCUGCCAUCGUUGUCAUCUUGGUGAGUCUCCACCGCCGGGCAGACGUCCAGCUGACCUUUCCGACGGCAACACUGCAGCAUCUGCCGAUGCAACCUCCCAUGCCAACGGAGCCCUCGGUACGGCUUCCAGCGCUGCUGCCAGCGGCGCCUCUGCAUCGCCCGCCAAUAACAACACAGCUGGCAUCGUUGACGGCGACGACACCAACGCAAGUAGCAGUCAAGUAGCAGCCAGCGACAGCAAGCGGCGACAGCCUGAAUACGAUCCGGAGUUGGAUCCAACCAUUCCCAUAGAAUUCAAACCCUCCAGCUACCUGCCCCAAUCCACCCGCCAGCGCCGCAACCUGCCGGUCUGCUCGGAGUGUUACGGCUGCCUGCACAACCUGACCCACAUCUCGGACAGCUCCACCUUCAUGAACAACACCUACAGCAACGAGGCGGGAGCGACCAGCAGCUGGAUCUUCCGCGCCAACACCAACGUCACCCGCAGCGGCGAGGCGGUGGUGAAGCUCUACUGCCUGCCGCUGCCCAAGCGCCCGGGCGCCAAGCUGCCUCAGUGCCGCCCCGCCCGCACCGCCGAGGUGAUGCGGCAGCUCAUGGCGGUGGACAAGCUGGCGCAGGAGUGCGGGUUCACGGACAUCGUUCCCCGCAUGUGGCUGGCCCCCGUGAGGGGGGUGGUGCCCGGGAUCGGCUUUCCCAUAGACUGGUGGGGCUUAUGGAUGGAGUACGUGGACGGCAUCAGCCUGGAGAACUUCAUCCACAAGGGCAAGCCCAAGCGCCUGCCGCCACCCACCAUCGCCGGCCUCCUCAACGACCGCCUCAAUCGCACCCGAGUGCUGCGCGCCGCGGUGUUUGACCUGCUGACCAGCCAGUGCGACCGGCACGCGCAAAACAUAUUCAUUCAAGAGGAUGGCAACAUUGUGUUGAUUGACAAUGAGGCGUGUCUGCAGCACAUGUGGCUGAACUGCGGGUUCGACUCGGUGCUGGUGCCCACUACGCAGAAGCAGGAGAUCGUGCGCCUAGCCAACCACUUUGUGCUCAAGCUGCCCUCCAAGACAACCAUCGUGAUGCCCAAGGGCCACGCCGACCCGCAACUGCUGCUGGACUACCGAUGCAACCUGCCGCCGCAGCAGCAGCAGCAGCGACAGGGGGGAGGCAGGGCGGGCAGUAGUGGCGGCGGCAAGGGGCAGGGAGGGCAGCGGUGGGGCGAGCUGGGUACGGCUUACCCGCCAGAUUUAGCGGCGUGUUUAAAGCGCAUCGCGGAUAUGACGCCGAGACAGGUUCGGUCGCACUUCGGCUUCCCGGACGUGCGGGUCGCCACCAACCUUCACACUCGGGCCACAGACAUGAUCACCCGCGGGUUCGAGUGGGCCGCCAAGUACGGCGCGCCGCAGAACGCGCCGCCCAAGCGCUACCGCUUUCAGCCGCCCUGCUGCCGGGUCAAGGUGGAGGCGGGGCGCUUUGCAUGUGCGCACCCCUGGGAGCCGCGCUGGGAGCUGCCGCUGGGGAACCCCAUCACGGGCAAGGACUGGGACAAGGACCGGCCGGAUCCGGGGACGUACCCGGGGGGCACGUGGCCGGAGGAUGAG